UUCAAUAUUUUUGCCGAGUUCCGCAAACAUAUGAUCUUUCUUUAAAGUCUAAGUAAGCUUGAUUAGUUGAUAGACCUUGGCUAGAUGUAAAUCUAGAUCAAAUGUUAAUAACCCGAACUAAGUUAUAGAUCUAUAGAAGUAUUCUACAGACGUUACUUCAAAAAAAAAAAAAAAAAAAAGAUGAUCAUGAUUACGUCCUAGACCUAGACUUUAGACUUAGACUAGUCACUAGAGUUAAGUAGUUUUAAGUUUAGAGUUUAGACUUAGACGACUUGACUUAUUAUUGUGACAAUUGUCUUAUACUAGCUAGACCUAAUUACGAUUUGUGGUUGUGACUUGUGCUAGCAGUUAAUUAAAAUUCUAGGAAUUAUGUACUCAAGUAUAUGGUAUAGGACAAGAGCCCUACAUCUUGUAAAUAAAUGAAGGAAAACUGCUUCGACACAUUUUCUAGGCUCAAUACAAGUUUAUUGCUAAGAUUCAUUAUGAGGAAAAUAGCAUCAUACAGAUCCAAUAAAUGUAGACUCACUGUCUUUCUUUUAAUAACAGCAUUUUUUUUCAUGAUUUUGAUUGCAAUGUAUUCCUGCAAUGGCUCCCUCUGUCUUAAAGCACCAGAUCUUACCCCUGUUGCAUAUUCUGAUUUUGAAGCAUUUUUACAAGGUAAAGUCUUGAAACAUAAGUUCAAUAUCAGUGCUAUUGACAGGGUGUUCGAACUUGAUCUGGAAGACAGAGAUAUUCUCAUUUACCUUCACAUUCAGAAAACAGGCGGUGCUGCUUUUGGCCGCCACUUAGUUCACAACCUUGACUUGACUUCAAAGUGCAUGUGUGAGCCAGAGAAGAAAAAAUGUGAUUGUACCACAAAGAACAAAAAAUACUGGCUUCUGAGUCGUCAUUCCACUGGAUGGGUCUGUGGCCUGCAUGCUGAUUGGACAGAAUUAAAUGACUGUGUUGAUGAAUGGUUUAAAAAAAAUGAGCCUCCUACAAGAACACAGAGAAGAUAUCAUUACAUCACAUUCCUUCGCAACCCUGUCAAUAGAUUUUUUAGUGAAUGGCAACAUGUUAAAAGAGGGGCCACUUGGAAGGCAGUCAGGCUUCACUGUAAUGGAAGAGAUGCAACAUUGGAUGAGGUACCAUUUUGUUUCAGUGGCCCUGACUGGUCAGGAGUUUCCUUUGAAGAGUUUGUAUCAUGCCAGCACAAUUUGGCAUUCAACAGAAUGACACGUAUGCUCUCUAACCUCUCUAAAAUAAACUGCUACAACAAGACAAAUCGGAACGAAAAACUUGCAGGGGAGAUCAUGCUGAAAAGUGCUAAAGAAAAUCUUCUGAAUUUUUCAUUUUUUGGCAUCCUGGAAGAACAGGAGAAGACUCAGUUUUUGUUUGAAAAUACCUUUGGCAUCAGAUUUAUUGAGAGUUUAAAACCUAAGCCUAUAACUCAUGUGUCUCAGCUAAAUAUCACUCGUGCCAUGCAUGAUGCUGUUGUGGACAAGACCAGGCUGGACAUCCAGCUGUACCAGUUUGCCAAAGAUCUGUUCCUACAAAGGGUUGAGAGCAUGGAGGCCCACUUGGGAUACACUGUGGAGGAUUACUUCAACAGUGCUAGAAACUCUGCCAAGAAGGUUGAAAAAGUUGUCCCUAAAGAAGAAGAAUUUCCAGAAGAGAAUGAGGAAACAGAAGAGGAUGACAAACAGGUCCAGUAUCCAAGCAAGGCUACUGUGAACGCGCUAGAACCUAAAGCAAAGAGGUAGCCACUUAGCUUUUGUUACUUCCAACCUAUAACAUUAUGGCCAGUGCUAACAAACAAUGUGUGAUAAGCAGAGCUUGCACCUGUACACAAAUCAAUUUGAAAUGAACAUUUUUUUUUUUAAAAGUGCUUUUUACUUGAUUCGUUGAAUAAAUUUCUAUCCAUUUUUGUGUCAAAUUAAGUCAGUGGUAAAGGGAUAAACCUGUCCAAAAGCUUGAGCGUAUCUAUUCAAAUACCUUUCCAAAUCUUGAGUAUAUCCAAAAAGCUACAGUGCUCAUCAUAUUUCUUGGAUUAACAUAACAUCCUACAUUGUGACCUCACAAUCUGCUGAAGGAUUCCUAUUUAAAAAAAACUGUAUAAAAGGGAAACUUUUAUUUCAACAGACUUUUUGUAUAGAUAUUAUAAAAAAUCAUUCAUCAAAAAGUCUUAAAGCCAUUCAAUACACUACCUUAGAUAAAUAUAUUGGCAUACUUAAUAGAAAUCGCUAUCAAAGUUUUUACUAGAUCACGUAAAAAAUAAAAAGAUUGAAUCACACCAUUAAUAAAAUCACUUAGCAUAGAAAUACUGCUGUAGGAAAAAGUAAUUUAGCAUUAAUGCAAACCAUACAUAACUUACAAAUACUAAAAUGCUUGUUGUUUUCCAAGGCACACAAAUAGAAGCACAUAAACGAAGAAAAACUAUUUUUAAUAUAUAUUCCUCAUCCUAACCAAACUUUUAAAUAUAAAAAUAUAAUUUAAAACAGAACGAAAAAAAAGAGAUAUUAUAAAACUCCUUUAGAAUAAAUUCAUGUAUGCAUGAACAGGUUAUCUAAAUUAAGGCGAAUACUCUAAUUAUAUAUAUUGAAACAAAAAUAACUAGAUAUGCUUAGGACAUAAUCUUAUUUUUAAGAAACAACUGUGAUAAGAUAAGCUUCAGGCAGUCAGUCUUUAACCACAGGACAUAGUCAAUCCAAACAAAGUUUGUGUUGAUCAUCUGUUUGUAUAUAUGUUCUCUUAUUAUGAUUUGAUCAAAUUGUUUCAACUACUUCCCUACAGCUGUAAGUCUGUCAAAAAGAUAAAUUAAUAUAUAUUUAUCCCAGGCUAAGAUAUAUCACUGUUAAUUUAAAAAUACUAGUCAGUGAAAGGUGAUUCCAGAAAUAUUUGAAUCCUUUUCAUUCUUUUUGUAUUUUCAUUUGAGAAAUGUUUGAUGCAUAUAUGUGUGGUUUUUUUUUUUGUUGGUUUUUUUUUGUAUUAUUUAAUGAAAAGAAAUUACUAUUGUAAAAACAAUGUACACAAUAUUUUAUGCCAGAUAAGUUUCCUAUGUACAAUCUUUUAUUUUUGAGUAACAACUUGAUCUUGUGAGUUGAGGAAAAAUUUACAAAGAAAAAAAGUAAAAUAUAUGUUGAAGUUCAAAGUCUCCAAAGUAAAACUUUAGAGGUUUUACUUGCGGCAAGACGUAUACUAGCUUAUAAAUAAAAAAUAAUACAUUAGCUUAUAAAUAAAAAAUAAUACAUUGGAAACAAUCCACUUCAGUUUGUAUGGCUAUUGUAUAGGCAAACUGAUUGCUGAUUUAUUCAGUAAAAAUACUUGUAAUAAAUGUAAAAUAGAAAUGCUUGUAUUAUUAUUACAAUUGUGUGAGGAACUGACAUCUCUUGGCUGUUUACAUAGUGUUCAUUUGUCUAAGACAAAGAAAAAAUUACAUUUGAUACCUAUUUGUAUUUUUGAGCAGGUUGGAAAACCUUGAUUUAAACCAUAAUGUUAAUAUCAAGUUUGUGCCACUAAUUUUGCUAUAGAAUGCCAGGACUCGUAUUUACAGAUUUAUUGGCUCCUAUUUUUUUUAACAAUGAUUCAGGAACUUCAUAGGGUGGUUCAUAGAAAUGGAAAAAGUGACCAUCCUUUUAGCAUAUAUUUUCUAACCCAGUGAUUUUAUAAACCUACAGAGUGGAUGUUUUUGAGAUAGCAAAUUAAUAUAAUUUUAUUGAUGAAAUUUUUAUAAUCUGAUUUGCUUUAUGACUCAUAAGAUAGGGGAGUUAUUACAAAUAAGGAAAGAAACAUUACAUAGGUAUGGGUUGGUCUACAGAGAGUAUCAAUACAACUUAUACUCUUGGGAAGUAACUCUAGGCUGUUUUGGCCACACUAUGUUGAGCUGCCUAUAAUUUUUGUUUAAUAAAAUGGCAUCUUUAUUUCACUAGUUGUUGACUUGAAUUCUACAAAUAUUGCAGUAACUGCCAUAACAAGUUCAUACUUUUUGUUUUUUAGUUUUAUAAAAAAACAACUGAAAUUGCUUUUGUCUUCUUCCUAGAUUCUCCAUCUUGAAGCAUUAAUGGAUAUAAAUAUCCAUAGAGUAGUUUAGUUGUUAGACUUAAGUUAUAUUUCUUUUCAUUGAGAUACUUCUUUAAAAUAUCUAAUCAAAAAUGUUUUCCAAGCUUAAAAGGUAAUAUUGUGUAUAAAUAUAUAUGGCCUCCUUCAGUCAUGAUGCGACUAUGGGCAUUACCUAUGGUUGGAACUAUGUCACCCACACAGCAUUCCUCCAUUCUCCAUGCAGCUGAUGUAUCCAAAGGAACAGUAGGUGCUGAUACAGUUUGGGAUCAGCGGCGUUGCAUACUCUGCCAGGGUGUAGCACUGUGUGCUGCAAACUGCCAUUGAGCUGCAGGAGUCCUGAUAUUUUCCUCAGGGUUGACUCCCAUAUGAGGGUAUAGCUGCAAGGUAGCAGAGGUUUGAAUUUUUAGUUUUCCUACUCCUAGGUGAGUAGCCAGCCAAGGCUAACAGGCCCCUCCUGCACAAAGCUUACUGGUUUAGGCACCAGUUACUCACCUUUGCCCCACUUCCUGUUAGUGUAAACAGUUCCGUUGGACUUAAUAUCUGAGCCACACAUAAGGGCCAGGAGUUGGACUGGUUGUCAGAGGCUAUUUGAGGCGCAUGUCAUUGGAAGCGUUUUAUAGGUAGUGGAGUAAUUAUUAGAUCAGUUACCAGUUGCGGCAAUGACAACCUUACGGAAUCUGUUGUGUAUAUUUAUUCUAAAUCUACAUCCCAUAAGAUUUUUGUUUCUUUUUGAUGAGUUGUUGACACUCCACAACAAUAUAUUUAUAUGGACUCAGAAAUGUAAAUCUAAGUGAAUUGUUUUUAUUUUGUGUGUGUAUUCUGUAAAGAUUUGUGAAUUAGAAAAACAAUAAAAUUUGUAUUUAAAAUUGUAAUAGUCUUUCAAAUGAGUACAUAGGAUAAGUACAUAAGUAUAUCAUUUUAGCUAGACAAGUAAAUUAUACAUUUUACUUUAUUUUAAAAAGUAAACUUGUAUAUUUAAACAUAACCAAGAUAGUUUUAUUAGUUGAUAGUAAAUGGCAUAGUGAUUGGAUUCAUAUGUUCUAUUUACUUAUAAUGUGUAUCAGAUGUAGAAAAAGAAAAUUUAUGCAUUCGUUCACGUUCACAAAGUUGAUAGAUGUAAAAAAUGAUGCUUGUAUGUACUCAUCCACUCAGCACAAAUCAUAAGGCAGUGGUUUUGUUUUUUCUAAGCUUAUCAUUUUUAUUAGCAAAUAAGAUUACAGAAAAGCAUUUUUUUUUGUUACAUUUUUUUGUAGUCUAACUGUUUGCAUCUGUCUUAACUGUGACAGUUGAUCACUGUGCACCCAAACUUAGAUAUUGUUUAGCUAAUUAUAAAAGCUUUUUCAAUUGUAAAUGUUUGUGUAUUUGUUAACCAAAGUUAGGGUCCUGUUAUCAGCAUUCUCUUAGGAAAGAGUCUGUUUCACAAUAUUUUUUUUUGUGAUAGUAAUUUUAAAGCUGUUUGUAAAAUAAAUGACAUGACCAAUUUUACUAUCACAUUUUUUAUACUAAGUACUGUUAUACACUUCAUCAAGAACAUGUGGCUGCCUGGUCAUGUGGCUUGCGCGCUGGACUUUCAUUCUGAUGGUCCUGGGUUCAAACCCUGCUAGCUCCAUCCCCCAUCGUCCUGCAGGAGGUUUGAAGUAGUAAGUAAAUUAUCUUCAACUCCGAAGGAACAUCCAAAACAGUGUUUACAAAAACAUUAUUGUCCAUUAAGAUCCCCUUUCUAGUUGAGGUGUUACUAUAAGUUUAUUUUCCAAUGAAACAACAGAAAGUGCAGGAAAAAAGUCCAGUGAAUUAACUGCUGAAAACAAUGCCUGCUUACUUCCUAGCAGCAUAAGUAUACUCCAUUUGUCUCCUACCUUGGUAAACAAUGUUUGAUGAUAAACAAAGGAAAAUGUAUCUAUACGAAGCUUUAAAAACAAUGAUAUUAUUCAUGUGAUGCCAAUUGUCUUUAUUUCUGUUAACUUGUUGCAUGUAGCACGAAGAUAUUGUUAGAUGUUGUGGUUUAUUUGUAAAUUUUGUACAUUUGGUUGUCUGUUUUCAAUGCACUUUUAAGCUUAUGUAGAUGUUGUACAUUUCAAAAUCAUAACAUGAGAGUGUUUCAGCUUUAUCUUCUUGUUGAUGAAGAAGAGUUUUUUUUUUUUUUUUUUUUUUGAGACAUUGCUAUGAUAUGCCUAGCACAAUUUUGGAUGACAUUUGAUCAAAUGUUUGACAUACUGAUUUGGUUUUGGUUGCUUUUCUUGAGUCUGAAAAUGUGUGAUGUUUUUUUUUUUCCUUCAAUUCUUUUCAUAGCACUAUAUCUUUAAUAUAUUUAAUUGUAAAACAUUAUUAUAAGCUGGAGCAGGGAAUUGUAAAUGUACAUUUGAAGUCUAAAUGCUAUCUGUACAUAGAGCUUCCUUUUUAAUGACCAGGUUAUGGUUGAGUUAAUCCUUUUUUUUUUUUCUAUGCCUCCAAACAUGAAUUGUGUUUACAUUUUAGUACAAUCCUUUCAAUUUGUCAAAAAAAUCCUAACUUUACAGAGCUUUUGUCUGGGUCUGAUUAGGAACAAAUAUCAGUCGACUUGUUAAUAUGUUCUUCCUCUUUUGUCACUUGCUUGGCAUUGAAGUUUUCUUUUUUUUUCCCCAGUAAAUACAUCAGCCUGCAAAAAAAAAUAAUGUUAGAUAAUCAAAUGUAGUCAAACUCUUUUUGAUCAAUCCAAUUGAAUAAUUACAUGGGCUAUCCAUUGUAAGUCCCCACUUAAUGGGAUUCUGUAGAUUGAUUGGAAAUGUGCUUUCCUUUUACAGUACGCUGAGGCUUAUUUCCUAGGUAUGCUUACUUAGCAUAUCUGUUUCACUUGCUUUUUAGUCUGGAAGGGAAACUGUACAUACAAACUUAGUACCAUUCUGUCCAAGGGGCAACAGUUGUCCUACAGUUAAAAAAUCUAGUCAUCAUUAACUUCUGUACUAGAACUAUUAUUAUAAGUAGCAAAUGUCUUGCUAGUGAAAUCUUUCCCCAUUUUAUUCUUUGUAAAAAGCUAACAUAAUGCCAUUUUUUAAAAGUUUUUUUUUAGAUAUUCUCUUUGCCGAUUGAAGCUUCUUCCUCCUUUGAUCUACUAACUCUAUUUUAGCUUAUAAAUUUCUUUAGCACUAUCUUAGGCACUUAGUCUUAUUUCAAGCCAGUAGUUUUAUGUUUGUUUUCUCUCCAUGACUCCACUCUGCAGUAACCACAGCUCCCUUUUCCUCUGGCUACCUCUUUACAUAAUCACUAAAACCUUGAUAUUCACACAACGGGUAUAUAAAAUAAUUACUUUUUUUUUUUCUAUGUUACUAUUUAAAAAAAAACAAGAUUUAAGAAAAGGAAAUUAUAUUGUGAAGACUUACUAAGUAAAGACAUCGUGCACUAAACUUUUAUUAAAUCCAAAAAUGAAUUACCGGUACCAUAAUCUUUUGGCAUUUAAUUAUUCCUUCCAUCAUAUUUUUGUUUUUUUUAAAUUUGAGCCAGUAAUUUUUUUUUCCACAAAUUACAUUUUUAACAAUAGGUUGUGUCUUUAUAUUUAUGUAGCACAUUUAAUGAAAUUACAGUUUUUCUCCUGUUUGUGUGAUAUUAUUUUUAAGAGGAUAUCAACAAAUAUUAUCAAGUUUUAAAAACUAUACAGUCUAGAGCUAUGGUAUCAUUGUCUUCCAUUUGGAUGAAAUAUUUUGAGUUUUUAUUCUUUGGCUAUUAUAUUAAAAAGUCAAUCAAAUGUGAUUUCUUAAAUUAAAAAUAAUUCAAAGUAUGUUCUUUUUGCGCUUUUUAACUUUUGUAUCGAUUUAGCUUUUUGUCGGAACAAUGUUUUUCAACCAUUUUAUUAUAAUUAUGAACUGCUGUAAUGAAAAUUAAAGUUUGUUUACCGGA